UCAAGAAGGCCCUUCCAAUCUAGUUGGAUUUCAAGCUAAGUGGGGGCCAAUUAAUUUGACAAAGACAAACUCUGCACGUUGUAGUCCAAAUUUUUGCCGCGUGGCAACGCCUAUACACGUCAAUCCCCAGAGCCAUGCAUAUAACGCCAGCACAACUUACCUUACAGAGCUUUGCCAAAACUGAAUCCAUAUCCAAUCUGAUUUCUGAAGACAACAAAUUUCAGAUAUGGCACAAGCAGAAGAGGUAAAGCAACGUUCCAAACUUGCUAGCUGUGACGCUUAUUUUGUGAAAGUUCAGUCCAGGAAGAAGUUACCACAACCCUUGCAGGAGACUUUAGCUUCUGCAUUUGCAAGGAUUCCAGCCUCAUCAUUCCCGCUAGUGCCUGGCGGCAAAGUAAUUGAAAUUCAGGCGGAAACCUCCGUUGCUGAUGCUGUCAAGAUUUUAUCUGACUGCAACAUUAUGUCUGCUCCUGUGAAAUGCUCUGAUGGAGGAACUAGUUUGGACUGGAGAGAUAGGUACCUAGGAAUUAUAGAUUACUCUGCAAUUAUUCUCUGGGUUUUGGAGAGUGCAGAACUUGCAGCUGUUGCUUUAUCAGCCAAUACUGCAACAGCUGCUGGUGUGGGUGCUGGAGCUGUUGGUGCUGUUGGAGCAGUAGCAUUGGGCAUCACUGGUCCAGCUGCAGUUGCUGGGCUAACUGCUGGUGCAGUUGGUGCUGCUGUAGUUGGUGGUGUAGAAGCAGAUAAGGGGCUAGGUAAAGAUGCUCCCACAGCUGCUGACAAUUUGGGGCAGGAUUUCUACCAAGUUAUUCUUCAGGAAGAACCAUUCAAGUCAACCACUGUGAAGUCAAUACUCAAAUCAUACCGCUGGGCUCCUUUCCUUCCAGUUGCAACAGAUAGCUCAAUGUUGAGCGUCCUACUUCUACUUUCAAAAUAUAGGAUGCGAAAUGUACCCGUUAUUGAACCAGGAAACCCUGAUGUUAAGAACUUUAUUACUCAAUCUGCAAUUAUUCAGGGUCUAGAGGGGUGCAAAGGAAGGGAUUGGUUCGAUUGUAUUGCUUCACGACCUAUUUCAGAUUUCGGACUUCCUUUCAUGUCUCCCAAGGAGGUUGUUAGUGUCCAGAGCAAUGAACUGAUUCUAGUAGCUUUCAAGCAAAUGAAAGAUUACCAAAUUGGUGGUCUUCCAGUUGUAGAGGGGCCACAGAAGAAAGUUGUUGGGAAUAUAAGCAUAAGGGAUAUAAGGCAUUUGCUGCUCAAACCCGAACUUUUCACCAACUUCAGGCAGCUCACAGUAAUGGAUUUCAUUAAAACUAUCAGCUCAAGUCAAGUUGGCGGAGCUAUCCCGCCAGUAACAUGCAAGCUAAAUGCAAGUCUCGGUGGUGUGAUCCAUAGUCUUGCUUCGAAGUCGAUUCACAGGAUUCAUGUGGUUGGCAACGAUGAAAAUGAAGUUGUUGGGGUGAUUACUCUGAGAGAUGUAAUCUCAUGUUUCGUUUACGAACCCCCUAACAUUUCUGAUCACUACUUCGGCUUCCCAGCAAAAGAAAUGUUGAAUGGUUGAUAAUUCUGCUGUAAACGCAUUAUAAUAACUUGCACUUGUGGUGAUGCAGACAUGUAACAAGACCUUGUGAGAUAAUAGUAAAGAAAUCAAAGUCGGUUCCGAAUCUAUUUUAUCAGUUAUCGCUGGAUGUAAUUCUUUCUUAUGCUGCUCCUGUCGAACUGUAUCAUUGAUUGUUUUGGAUUUCAAAUUUAUUAAAAAAAAUAGUUUCAUAUUUAGAUUUAAUAUUUUGCAUUCAAGAAAUGUAAUUCCUGCUCAAAGUUAAAAAAUAAAUUAAUUUAA